AUGGUUGACUGUAAGCCCGCACCGACUCCAUUUUUGUCAGGAGUCAAACUUGAGGCUUCUUGUUCUUCACCCUUAGCAGAUUCUACCUUGUAUUGUCAAUUAGUUGGAAGCCUCAUAUAUUGGACUCACACGAGGCUUGAUAUUUCAGAUGCAGUGGGCCUGGUCUCCAGGUUCAUGCAGGAGCCACAUGAACUGCAUUGGAAAGCAACUAAGCGGAUUCUUCACUAUGUACAUGGUACUCACAGUUAUGGGAUUCAUUAUACAUCGUGCAUGGAUAUUGAAUUGGUGGGAUAUACAGAUUCAGAUUGGGUAGGUGAUUCUCAGGAUCACGAGUACACUUUAGGGUAUUGCUUCUCUCUUGGUUCUGGUCCAAUUGCUUGGUCGAGCAAGAAACAAUCUUUUAUUGCUCUUUCAUCUACUAAGGCUGAGUAUCAAGGAGUAGUUGAUGCUGCUACUAAGGCCAUUUGGCUUCAGAACAUUCUCAUUGAGUUUGGUAUUUCCUUUCGAAAGCCUACAGUCAUCUUUUGUGACAACCAGAGUGCUAUUCAGAUUUCUUGCAAUCAGGUCCAUCAUCAACAGACCAAGCACAUUGAGAUUCACAUGCACUAUAUUUGA